CGUUUAGGAACCAAUCACAGAUGGCGGCGCAGGAAGAGAAGGAAUCUCUCCUUCAGGAAGAAACAGGAGCAGAGAUGCUUAAAGGCAGCGAGGCAGAAAUGAAGAGCUGCGAGAAGAAAGAGUCGAAACUGGUUCUGUAUCACUGGACCCAGUCAUUCAGCUCUCAGAAGGUGAGGCUUGCCAUAGCUGAGAAGGGUUUGCAGUGUAAGGAGUAUGAUGUGAGCUUGCCUCUGAGCGAACACAACGAGCCAUGGUUCAUGCGUCUGAACCCAGCCGGCGAGGUUCCUGUUCUGGUGCAUGAUGAUCGUGUCAUCUGUGACCCUGCUCAGAUCAUGGAUUACUUAGAGGACACUUUCAACGAUGACAAAACUCCAAAGCUGAUUCCAGAAACAGGGAGCACGUAUUAUCACAGAGUCCAGCAUUAUCGCGAACUGCUGGACUCCUUGCCCAUGGACGCUUACACGCACGGCUGCAUCCUCCAUCCUGAGCUCAGCGUAGACUCCCACAUCCCAGCCUACGCCAACACACGCAUCCGCGCUCAGAUCGGGAGCACAGAAUCUGAGCUGAAGAAACUGGCAGAAGAAAACCCAGAGCUUAAAGAUGCUUACAUCUCAAAACAGAGACGCCUAAAAACAAAGCUGUUCGAUCACGACAAUGUGAAAUAUCUGAAGAAGAUUCUGGAUGAGCUGGUGCAAGUUAUGGAUCAAGUGGAGACCGAACUGCAGAGGAGAGCAGAGGAGACACCAGAGGAAGGAACUCAGCAGUCAUGGCUGUGCGGCGAGUUUUUCAGCAUGGCCGACGUUUCGCUCGCCGUCACACUCCAUCGGCUCAAGUUCCUCGGCCUCUCGCGUCGUUACUGGGGCAACGGCACACGGCCCAACCUCGAGUCGUACUACGAGCGUGUCCUGGAGCGCCCCACGUUCUGCAGGGUCCUCGGCCACGUCAACAACAUCCUAAUAUCAGCCGUGUUACCAACUGCUUUCAGAGUGGCCAGAAAAAGAGCUCCCACCUUCAUAGGGACCACAGUGUUAAUUGGAUUGUUAGGGGGUGCAACAUAUUUUGCUUUUCUUUAUUUCAAAAAACGACUGCUUGUGUCCUAAAGUAUCUAUAGGCAUUUUUUUGUGGCCUCGUCAGGAUGUGUUGAUGAACUGUUAAGGGUUAACUAUUCAAUUUAAACAUGCUUCACAAAGCAGCUUAAAGGAAAAAUCAUUACUUGUGUAACGCGUUGUAACCAUCGGGCCGCUAAACAUUCUAAUGGUACAAAGUAUCAGAAACCUCACAGACUCAAUUUGUUCCUAUAACUAGUCUAAUUUAUUAUGCUGAUGUUUGCCAAGAGCAUUCAUUAGCUAACUAAUACCCAAGCUUUGGCAGUGAUCUUGAGCUUGUAGGAGGUUUUUAGUUUCAUACAAGUGAGUGGAUUUUAAGCUCAGAUAAAGAUCAGUCCUUAGGAACUGCAUGCUCAGGGUCACAGUCGUUUAAAUCGUGCUACUAGAUUAUUUAUAUCUUAGGGAAAAAUAUGUCAUUCACCAACAAGUACAAAUAAUAGUGAUGAUACUUAAAAACAAUCCAACCUCCAUCUCUCCAGUGAUCUAGCUGAGGUCGAGGACGCACACAUUCCCAUUAUUGUGAUGUUUAUAUUAUACCUGUGCUACACAAGCGUUUGCAAGUUUUUGUGACUUGUGACUCACAAAAGCCGUGUGUGAGUGUGUGAGAGAGAGAAUGGGAUCACUUGGAACUCCUGUUUAGAUUUGUUUUAUUAUCCGUAAUUUACAGUGAUAAUCAAAGUAUAUGCACAUUAAGCACUUUUGAUUUAAUCCUCCGUUAUGUGUAGAACGUUAUGAACACCUUCUUUGUUCUGUCCUGAACUUUCCACAGCGAUACCGUGUAUAUUAUAUAUAAUAAAAUAUAAUAAUUCAUCAUAAUGUCUGAAAAAGUAUAUAGGUUUUCAGGACUUUUAUUCAGAACGGGUGAUGGGAAAUUAGGUAAUUACACUGGAUUGAAAGUGCAAUAUCAGCACAAUCACAUGAAUAGGAGCCUUGUUUUAUUUCAUUACUUCUUUGGUUUAUUUAGUAAAGCUGUGCAUUUCAUUAGUCUUGUCUUCUGUACCAGGUAACAGUGAACAUCAGUGUCAGAUUAACCUCUUGGCUUUUCUUUAUCUUUACCUGUCUUGUAUGGAACUGUUUGAAAACCAUGUUACACUAUAAUAAAAUAACUCAUUC